AUGAAUUCGCGGCCUCUGGACCUACAGAUACGUACCCUUCGGCACGGCACGGUAUUGACCCGGGAUGAAGCUCCGGGAUUUUGCCGUCAGCUCAGCGCAAGGUCGACAGCCCUCCAAAUUCCUGAUGGAGCACCGCAGAGGGCGACAGCUGCUGGAGCUUCCAAGUCACGAUCCGAACGACCGACGUCAUCAGCCUCCCAGAUGUCCGCCAUGCGCGCUCAAUUGCCCUUGCUGAGGACGGCGCAAGGUGUGCGAGCUGGUCAAUUGCCUUCUUACGUCUGCAGGCAAUGUAGAGGCAUCCAGAUUAGCGCUGCGCCGACGACUGAAGCGCCCAAGGUUGGCGGGGAUGUCUUUGGAGCUCGAGGAGCGUCGCGGGAUGCCGCCGACGCUCGGUUCGAGGUCCUCGGAUCACCAUACUCCCUCCUCUCCGUCUCUCUGUCGCCGUCGCAGCAGCUUUACACCAGAAGGGGAACAUUGGUAGGAGUUGCAGGCAAGGCUGAAAAUGCCCAAUCGACACUUUCCAUUCUUUCGCCCUUCACACGAGCCUUCCUCGGCGUUCCUUUCCUGUACCAACGCAUUUCAUCUUCAACGCCCCUCACGGCUCUGAUUUCCACAAAGUCUCACACAACGACCUUUUCCGUCCUUCACCUCGAUGGUACGACCGACUACAUGAUCUCCCAGCGCAAUGCGCUUCUUGCCUGGACGGGCCACACACUCUCCGUAUCGCCGCGUAUAAGCCGUGGCCUUUCGCUUGCCCACUGGGGAAGCACUCACCUCACUGGCAGAGGCCUCGCUGCUCUGUCCUCCCCCGGUCAGGUGUACGAAGUUACCCUCGCAGAAGGCGAAGAGUUUGUCGCUCACCCCUCGCACGUCGUCGCAUACGCCGUCUCUCGCAACCCUCCUUUGCCGAUGCGCCUAAAGUCGAACAUCCUCCGUCUCCAAAUUCCCAACAUCACUCGCUUCUUCCCCGAGACAAAUUUCAUGAAAGCGAUGCGCAAUACCGGUACAUACAAGAAUGUUGCUCGGUGGUUGUUCACUUUGAGGACGUCGCUCAGACGCACGAUUUGGGGCGACCGCCUGUUCCUCCAGUUCCGCGGCCCGACAACCCUUCUCAUGUCCAGCAGAGGCGUCAGAGUUGCUGAUGCUCUCACCAAUAAGGAGGUCAACGAGAUUGCAGAUGCGCCGGCUGGCGUAGUCCCAGACGCUGUUGAAUUGACCACUAAGCCAAAGAUCGAGGCAAAGCCCGUAUCGGUCGAGCAGCCACCAUCAGCCAUCCAUGUCGCCAGCGUAUCGCGUGAUGGAAAAGUCAGCUUCGAGGACGCGAAGGAUCUCAAAGAGUUUACAACGAAACGGUCAGGUUACAAUGCUGCAUGUGGAUCGACCUGCAGGUUAAGUCCGGCUGCUGUAGGACAUUUCCGCCCCACGGAGGCUGGUAUUAUUGACAAGCCUGACGUUCUAAAUGACACUUCGAUUUCCGACCGAGCGCCGAGCACACCCUUCCGAGACAAUAGAACAGUGGUGAUUGGUUCAAUGGUCAAAGGUGAACAGCUUGUAGCAUCCCUCAUUCCAAUCCAGAGUCUCUCGGGCUUCGCGUUUUCAUCUCAAGACCGAGCCAUAAAGCGGGUUCUCAUGAAGAAGAUGAUUUUGAAGAUGCCAAGAGUCUGGAUCAGGAACAUUGAACCUAUGAAGAAUCAUGAGGAGCAUGAGCCUGGCCAUUCUCCAACGCACGUUCCCACCGCGAGACUCCCAAAUGACACUGCGACAGGCGACAAGCUCACAAAGCUAAGAGAUGACUACCCAAGUACAUUCGUCACCACAACAGCUGGCCAUACCCUAGUUGAGCCGCUUGGAAGCAAGCGGAUCUUGGUAUCCAGAAUUGCGGUGAUCCAGAAGGGCAUGGCGUUUAAAACCGAACAUGGGUUUGUCUGGAGUCUUCUGCAUUCUCCGAGUCUAACCCCCCAAAACAAUCUUCCGACCAAGAAGCAAGCAAUCUCGUUGAGCUAUUCACCGACGAUACGAAACGACGCGAUAGUUCGCCCCACAAGCAUUGCUCGCACCCAAGGGGUCCAAGGGAGUUUCUUUUCUAAUCUCAUCAAGGAACUUUUCGCCAACAAGAUCUGCGCCCGCGGACUGAAAGGCGGCGCUGGCCAUCGACGCUUCACUCGAAGCCACUUGAGAGAAAAUAUCGAGAAAGGGAGCAAUACAAACCAAUACGAAGCGGCAACCCAAUCCACGGCCAUGCCGCGCUCUCAACACGCCCUCUCAACAUCGUCCAACUCGUCAACCGUCAUGGACAGGUCCACCGCGCCCGCAGACCCAGAAAAGUCGGACCACAUCCCCUACGAGUCCUCCUCCUCCGCCCGCCAAUCCCUAGAUCGCAUUCCCUCCCAGCAGCGCGACACCGAGGCCAACAUCUACCCAGAACCCGCCAACGUCGUCGAGGCCGAUCUCGAAAAGGGCGGCUUGGCGCACGCGACAGCAACGCAAGAUGCCAAGGCCGAUGGCCCGGUCGGUGGUGAUGCACCGUCACCGCCCGCGGCCGGCCCGCCGCCGGGGAUGAACCCGGCUGACUUUCCCGACGGCGGCGCCCAGGCUUGGCUUGUCGUCUUUGGAGGGUGGUGCGCACUGUUCUGUACUUUUGGGUUGAUCAACUGCGUCGGCGUCUUCCAGGCGUAUUAUGUGUCUGGUCCCCUCAGCUCGUAUCCUUCGUCGACUGUCGCGUGGAUCACCAGUCUGCAGGUCUGGGUAAUGACCUUUAUGGGCGUCAUUUUUGGCCGUUUAUAUGACACAUUCGGCCCCAAGUACCUCCUCUACUGCGGUACCGUCGUCUACGUCUUCGGUCUGAUGAUGACCUCGCUGUCAACACAGUACUACCAGUUCAUCCUCGCCCAGAGUCUCGUCUCGUCCAUCGGCUCGAGCGCCUGCUUCAACGCCUGCAUGUCGUCCGUAACCUCGUGGUUCUUCAGGAGACGCGCAGCCGCAUUUGGCAUCAUGGUCUCCGGCUCCUCGCUCGGCGGCGUCAUCCUACCCAUCAUGAUGUCCAAGAUGAUUCCCCAGGUCGGCUUUCCCUGGGCCAUCCGCGCCGUGGCAUUCCUGUUUCUGUUCUUGCUCGGUAUCGCGUGUCUGACAGUCAAGUCUCGGCUGCCGCCUCGCCCGCGCCCAUUCGUCUUCAAAGAAUACGUCGAUGGUCUGCGUGAGCCGCCCAUGGCUAUCACAGUAUGCGCAUUGUUCCUCUUCUUCCUCGGCAUGUUUUUGCCUUUCAACUUUGUCAUCCUCCAAGCGCGUGCGCAAGGUAUGGAUGAGAACCUCGUCAUUUACCUUUUGCCCAUCAUGAACGCUGUCAGCAUCCUCGGUCGCAUCGUUCCCGGCAUUGUCGCCGACAAAGUCGGUCGGUACAACGUAAUGAUAUGUAUUACCUUCAUCAGCGCAAUCUUCUGUCUCGGCCUCUGGAUCCCAGGAAAGAGCAACGCCGCAAUCAUCGUCUUCCUCAUCAUCUUCGGCUUCUCCUCCGGCGGCUUCAUCUCACUAGGCCCGGCCUGCAUUGCCCAAAUCUCCGACAUUAGACAGAUUGGCGUUCGCACCGGGACUGCGUUCGCCGUUCAGUCCUUUGGAGCAUUGGCUGGUAGCCCUAUUGCCGGCGCCAUUGUCGCGUCGCAAGGAGGCACCAACUAUCUUGGGCUUCAGCUGUUCUGCGGCUUCUCGAUGCUGGCGGCGGUUGGUGUUUUUAUCGCGGCGAGGACUGUGCAGGUGGGAUUCACGCUGAAAAAGGUUCAGGAGAAUGAGAGUUUACCGGCCGAUAUGUCCGCAACCCCGAUCUCCGCUCUAAUCGCCGGCUCCGGUUCCGGCGCCGUUUAUGAGCCAGAAAGAAACAAUGGCAAAAACAACGAUGAAAGAGAGUUUACAUAG